AUGAGGAGUCCUUCAUCGUCAAAAGAUGAAGCCAAAUCAGCAUCGACAAAUUCAAAGAAGAACCAGAAGAGGAAGAAUAGUAACAAUGGAAGCAGCAGUACAACAAGUACUACCACUCCGUGUUGCAGUAAAAUAGGGUUGAAGAGAGGACCAUGGACAGGGGAAGAAGAUCAAGUGUUAUCGGAUUACAUUAAGAAGGAAGGUGAAGGCCGGUGGAGAACUCUCCCCAAACGAGCUGGCCUUCUCCGAUGCGGCAAAAGCUGUCGUCUCCGUUGGAUGAAUUAUCUCCGUCCGUCUGUCAAACGCGGCCAGAUCGCCCCUGAUGAAGAAGAUCUCAUUCUCCGUCUCCACCGUCUUCUCGGCAACAGGUGGUCAUUGAUAGCUGGAAGAAUUCCAGGGAGAACUGAUAAUGAGAUUAAGAAUUAUUGGAACACACAUCUCAGCAAGAAACUCAUUAAUCAAGGAAUUGAUCCCAGAACACACAAGCCUCUUAAUAAUAUUAAUAACCCCUCUUCUUCAUCUUCAAUAAUCCCGAAUAUUAAUCACCAAACCACUUCUGCUUUUACAUCUUCUGCUUCUCCAGAUCAUCAUCAUAUUACUACUAUAACUAACACUGAAUCUGAUCAUAAUCCCUCACCUCAAGAUCAUCACUUAGCUCAAUAUCACAAUCAUGAUAAUCAUUAUCCACAGCUGCAACAACAACAACAACAACGAGCUCAGGAGUUUAAUGGUGCUGAUUGUGAUAGCUUAUUUAGUAGUCAUGUUUCUGCAAUGGAUCAUCAUCUGCUUAACAACAACAGUAAAGGGGAUUAUGAUGACAGUAGUGUCUGUUGUGAUGAUGUGUUUACUUCAUUCCUUGAUUCAUUGAUCAACGAGGAUGCAUAUGCUACACACCGAUCUGAGAAUGAUCCUUUGAACUUGUCUGCUGCACCACCGUCUUUGUGGGAAUCGCCACUCGUCAAUAUGUCUACUCUUAUUUCCACAAAAAACCAUGACGACUCACCCAAGACGGGACAGAUUCAUGAUGCAUAA